AUGCAGACAUCCCAUCUUCCAGCAGCGCCAACUGGUGUGGUGUCACCAGCGGUGGAAGACCUCAUCGUUACACCAGGGCUUUUCCAACAGUCGUCAACACAUCAAGCGACAGCUGCGCAACCGGUGGUUUUCCAGACACCACCACCGCUAAACCAGGCGACAGCUGCGCAACCGGUGGUUUUUCCAGACACCACCACCGCUAAACCAGAUGGCAGCUGUGCAAUCGGUGGUUUUCCAGACACCACCACCGUUAAACCAGGCGACAGUUGCUCAACCGGUGGUUUUCCAAACAACACCACCACCAAGCCAGACGAUAGGGGCACAACCCACGAUUUUCUCACCACCAAUAGCACCGAUGGCGGGGGAAGUGCCAAUGGCUCUCCAAAUGCCACCACUCGACCAACCGGUGAGAAACCAAACAAUGACUUUCCCGACAAACCCGUUUUCAGCAAACACCUCUUUUCCCUCUACGACCCCGCAUUACCAACAGAUCAUACCUAA